AUGGAACCUAAGGGGGAAAGAAGCUCCAUCAGAAUCUCACUCAACCUAAGCUCGAACAGGGAGGAUGAUAGAAGUGUAGGCGAGUGCAACAAUGGAGGGGAUGAAAGUUCCUUGAAGAAAGCCAAGUCGAAGGAAGUUUCCCAGGCAUUAGGCCUCAUCGAGGACAUCCGAAGUGGCACGUUCAACUACAAAGACCUCCAAGAAAUUUACUUCAUGAACGACAUGGAUUUGGAAAAAAUGAUUAAUGACACGAAGAACAAGGAGGAAGGAAAGAACGGGACGGAGGGCCAUGGCGUGGGGCACGGCUCCUACAUGGAAGAUGCAAUGUGUAGGGGCAGGAGAGGCCCCCAGGACGAUGGAAAUGGCCUGCGUUUGAAAGAAUUCACCGAAGGAGAGAAUCACAACUUUGGAACGGAUCUGCAUAGCCCCAUGUACAGAAACGAAAGGGACCUCUCAAAGGGAAAUGGUGAAGACAACAAACCCGGUGGAAGAAAUUUAUUUGUGUUGAAUAACCAUGUGGGGAAAGUAUGCAUCAUCCGAUUCCCUCCUAAGGUAUCCCAAGAAAUAAAAAUAUAUCUUUUAAAAAAAACACUUAUGCUAGAAAUCGAACCAACGAAUUUGUUAAACUCAAGACUAUUCAUUAUUCAUUUUAGGAACAUAAAUAGAAAAUUCUGGGGAAUUCUUCUGGAACUAUCAACCCACAUAGAGGUGCACAAAACAUUGGAUCGAAAUAACCUGUACAAGACCAAUGACGUUUCGCAGAUAAUUUAUGUAUAUGAUCCAUGUGAUAAGAAGAAGGAGAAAAAAAAAAAGAAAUGUAAAAAAUUGAUAAAAAAUUUUAUAAAAAAUAAUUUUCAAUUAAAUUGUGGUAUUAGCAAUAAAGUGCAAAAUUUCCAUUUUGAAAAUUAUGCCAAAUUGUUCAAGUACCAUGAUAUUUAUUUUGCGGAAAAAUUCCUUCAUGAUUACUUGAAUGCAAAGUAUUACGACUACUACGACAUGUAUGUGAAGACGCACACAGAGAUGCACACACACCUUCGCAUUAGUCAAGGUAGCCACAGAGGGCAAAACGAAAUUGUAGAUGAAACGACGGAUAUUUCGGAGAUAAUAAAUUCGUUGGACAAUACGUACAGCAUCAUGAAGGAACUGGAAAAGGAAACCGGCGGGGACAUUUCUCUAGAGACCCUUCUGAACUAUGAAAUUGCAAAUGAGAACUACGAGUCGGACGUGUCGGACUUGUUGAUGGGCGGGAGCCACUACUUGAGAAAGAGGACCUAG